AUGCCAUGCCUCCGCUACGCACGCGCCUGCCGUUACGCCAGGCCUUCCCCGACCGGCCCCCGUCUGCGAACCACCGCCGUUCCACAUCCGCUCCCUACUAAUCCCCUAAUCCCCCGGCAACAUUGCAUCUGUCCGUCGCGGCGUGCGCCCCAUCGCCACCGCCAUCGCACCAUGUCGCACAUGAGUACAUGCACGCCGUGGCUCAAGCCGUACCUGAUGCACGCGCUGUCGCCGACGCCGCGGUCUUCGUCGCUGGACGGCUCGUAUCUGCAGGUAAUCUCCGCGGUGACGGCCCGGCGCAAGUUGCGCGUGUACGACGGGCUGCACACGGCCGAGGCGGUGCUGUCGCAGGCGGCGGCGUCGAAUCUAGACGCGGACGUGGACGACCUGGGCGUGACUACGCACAAUCUGGUGGGGUAUCUCGUGGCACCCGUGGCCGCGGUCGUCGUGCCGGACGCCUCGACCACGCCGCCGACGGCCACGCUCGUGCUGCAGGACGUGCGCGUGUUUGCCGACCAGUUUGCGCAGCGCCCGCCCGGCGCGCUGCCCCCCGUCGACAGGGACCCCGAAGUCCUGGACUGCCUGAGGGCCAGCGUGGGGAGGAAGCUGGCCACGUUUGCUACGCGCUCCACGUUCGCGAGGGACGAGGUCGAUGCAGGGGACGCCCACCUCGCGGAGCUUACGGACGUCUUCGACAAUAUUUUGGACAACCCCGCACUCCCGCCGAAGGCCGUCGUCGACAACCUGGCCAAUUUUCGUAGCCUACACUCCGACGCGCCUUUGCCGCACAGCCCGGCCGCUGCAGACAAGCCUGCGCCGUCGAAUGAUGCCAAUCCGAGCCCCGGGAAGAAAGAUCUACAAACUACGACAAAUGCGGAGCGCGACGUCUUUGACGAGUCGGAAGACGAAAUGCCCGAGUUGGACAUGCAUCAUGUGCUUGGCGUUCAGAACGGCGAUGACGAGGACAAAGGGGACCCCAAGGGCAACGAGGGCGCAUCGCAGAAUGAUCAAGACAUGAGUGAAAAGAAAAGCAGUGGUGCUGGCGCUGCCGCGGCGGAGGAGAGAGCUGGCGAAGAAGAAGAUGUAGGCGAUUGGGAUAUUCGCUUUUCAAGUCAGGAGCAGGCGGACGUGGAGGGUGGAGAGCAUGAAUGUAUCUCGGGCGAAGCGAUGCCACUAACGCAGCACUUCCCCAUUGAUGAUGACGAGGAAGAGGAUGCGGAGGGGAAGGCUGACGCAGAGGCGGACGACGCUUGCGUACCCGAGAGGCAGCCAGCGUCAAGGGGAGGAAAAGCCGCCGGGAAGAACAUUGGAAACGGCUCUGCCGGGCAUGGUAUUCGGCAUGCGGUGGACAAGGACCGAAAUAAUAACAGAAAAUUACAUUUUCAGAAGAAGGGCGCCACACUUGAUCCGCACAUGCCCGCUGCACCCCCUGAUCUGCAUGUAACGGCUAGUGGUAGCACCGCACCUCACCCCAACGCAAGAGUCGUCGACUGCCCGAAGAGAGGCAUGGACGAAGCGAACAACAACCCGAAUGAGGACAUGGGGAAUGUCGAAGCUAAGCUUGGUGCCCAUUCCCUCCUGCCCACGCUAGAUGCCGCCCCGCCCGCGCCGCACGCCUCCAACCCGCUAAAGGGAAACGCAGAGGAAGACCCACAGGCUGCAAAACCCUCCGCCGAAGCCCAGCCAUCCCGCGUGUCGGAUGACCCCUCCGCAUCCGAAGGCGCGGAGCCAACGGCGGAGAAGGCCCUGGUAGACCCCGAGGACCCCAACCGGAAGGGCGUUGAGGCUGACACCGCCGACCCAGCCGCUGACCCCGACGAAGCGAAAGAUAAGAAAGACGGAAAGGCCCCGCCUGGAAAGGCAGACGACGGAGAAAAGUCAGGCGACGCCAAGCAAAACGGAAAGUCCGUCGCCCCGGAUGCCGAUGCAAGAAACCCUGAUCUUAACCAGUUCCCCUCCACCGCAAAUGAUUCCAUGGAUGUCGAGUUGCCUACUGCCCUAGAAGACACCGCGGAGGACACAAAGGGGCAAACGAAAGAAGUUACGGAGGGCGCAGGCACACCUGUCAAGGUACCACCAGAGACGAAGGAGCCGGUCGAAGAAAAGGAAAUCACCAGCAAAGUACCCGAAACAGAUGACAAUGCCGUCGGGGCCGAACCGGAUACAGGCAAAAAGACCGAUGCCAUAGCCGACCGCACCGGGGCGGAGAAGAAGGGCGCAACCGUGACGGUCGCCGUCGCGGCCGUCGCCACGAUCACCGCCGUCACCACGAUCACCGACGACGUGGCACCCGAGGACAAGCAGGGCACCAAGCGGAAGGCGAGCUCGGCAGUAGAAAACGACGACAACCACCGCAAGCAGAUACGCAGCAACGCCGAACAUCCCAUCACGACAGAAACUGCACUUAAGAAGCUCCGCGCCGAGGCAGAGCUCCUGCGCAAUUUUCGCGCCAAGGUCGACGACAACCCCACAGGCUUCGUGCUCAACCCGGACGCAUUUCUCCCGCGACUGCCGGGGUUGGGUGGUGCCAAAAAAGACAUUCCUGACGCCAAGGAAGUUGGGUCGUUUCCGCCGCCAGACGUGAGCAAUUUCACAAUGGACGGACGGAAACCGGACUCUCAGGAGAUGGCGGUGCCACAAGUUCCUGAGAGCGCCCCAAUGUGA